UCACUAAUUCCUUCAGUUAUAAUUUUCAUCACAUGGGAUGUCACGUGGCCAUGAUUAUAGUUUAGGCCACAAUACCACAAGAUCUCAAUUCCGAAAAAAUCUCUUUCCGUUUUCUUCUUAGCGACAGCUACUGCCAAUUAAUCAUAUUUUCCGAACACACUUUUGACUAGGCCUAAACUCUCUUUUAAAGUUAAGAAUGGAUAGACUGCAGAGAAUUACACACAUUUCUUGUUUUUUCGUUACAGCGAUGGUAUCUGUUUGUGACUCUAACCCUUGUCUCAAUAGUGGUACUUGCUUAAAUCAAGGACCAAACAUGUAUAAAUGUGUUUGUGCACAUGGCUUCAGAGGGAAGAAUUGCGAAAGUAAGUAUCAAGAGAGCUAGCCUUACGAAGAAAACUGGUGGGAUUAAAUCAAGAUAGAACAUUGCGAGACACAGUACUAUAGCUUGUUGAUUAGGGACUGGGGCUGGUUUGAGUUUGGAUUCGAGUCUUUUGUCUGAACAACGGCUUUGUAACCGAAAACUGUCAAAAAACGAUAUAUUAUUACAUCGUAGUUAGACUAUAGCAACCUCCAUGGGUCUCCCCUGGAUGAUAUUAUGUCGCAAACUAAAACAAAAAAAGACUUGUGUUUUGCAAAAGUAAAUAAAGGUCGAAAUUAAGGACAAACUGAGAAAUGCUUUAUCGAUGAAAUUACUAAAAUUAUACAACAAUUACUCCAAGAACUUCAAGGCUAGAAAUUUUAAGGAGGUACAAAUAGUUUUCCAAUUCCCCAACCCGUCUCCUAAAUCGUUUUGAAUUGUUUAAAUUUCCGGGUUUUUUUAAGCUAACCACCACAAAAUAACAAUAGCUCCUACCCAAAACUGAAACCAUUUUGAUUUUUUUUUUUUUUUUUUUGCCCAUGAAGUGGAGAAAAAAUGCGAGCCUAACCCGUGUCAGAACAGUGGAAUAUGUCGAGAACUGAUAGAGGACGAGGAUUACAAAUGCGAAUGUUUACAUGGGUACAGAGGCAAAGAUUGUGAAGGUUUGUCUAUUAUACCUCCACUUGUUUUAACUUGCUAGUAAGUCCUCUGAAGAAGCAAGUUAGCUCCGACCGAUGUUAAAUAAGAGUAGAAAAAAGUUCAGUCUAUCAGUUUUCCUUGGCUACCAAUUCGAGGAAAAUCUUGCCAAUGCUUUAUCGAUGAAAUUACUAAAAUUAUACAACAAUUACUUCAGGAACUUCAAGGCUAGAAAUUUUAAGGAGGUACAAAUAGUUUUCCAAUUCCCCAACCCGUCUCCUAAAUCGUUUUGAAUUGUUUAAAUCUCCGUUUUUUUUAAUCAAAAUAAACUAAGGCAAAAAUCUCUCUUGAUCUCACUGGCCGUGCUCAUCAUUCAGGCAACAGCAUUUGUUUUUAUGAAGAAAUUAUAUGUGAACGACGUUUUUCAGCUAUCCUUAGUUACCUUUUUGCCCCUAUCUUUUCCAGUUCUUGUUUUUGUUCGUUAUUUAUUUACCUUCGAAUUUUUCUCAGGUACGCACAUGCGUACUGGCCUACUGGUAGCUACACUCCUAUACAUCCGUUAAAUUUUGGCUUUGAUUUUAAUUUUAAUGGCUCUAAUUUCACGAAUUUCCACGAAUUUUCAUUUUAGAGGAGAUAAACAUGUGUGAGUCAAACCCUUGUACAAACGGUGGAACAUGUACGACCAUGACAAGUUCAUACCGUUGUCUAUGUGUGGAAGGCUUUCGGGGAAUUAAUUGCCAAGGUGUGUUUCACAACUAUUCUCUUAAAAUAAAUGAAGUUAUGACCUUUGUCUUCCUCUUAACUUCCAAUGUUGGUUGAUUGACAAAAUUUUUACCGACAUUAUUGAUAGAUACUUUUUUAUCUAAAGGAAUGGCUGGUUAAUUGAGUUAGUUCUUUCACUGACUGAUAACGAUUGAUUUAUUGAUUGCUUGAUUGAUUGAUUGAUUGAUUGAUUGAUUGAUUGAUUGAUUCACUUUAUUGACGCUUAGCAACUCACUUGAUAAAUAAUAAAUUUCUACCAAGUUUAGUAAGUUAUUUUCGUAACUGAUUACGUGCCUAACAUUGACCUUAUAAUAGAACAAGACAGAUGUCAUUCGCUUCCAUGUCAAAAUGGAGGAACUUGCAUCCAAGAGAUCACUGGAACGUACAAAUGUCAAUGUCAAGAAGGAUUCAGAGGAUUUAACUGUGAAGGUAAAAAUCACAUUCUCAACAACAAAAAGAAACGAUCAAAUCCAAAGAUAUUUUGCAUAUUAGAUCCUCAUCACUAUUAAAUUCAUGAGCUAAUUUCUAUUUUGAGUAUCUACUAGAAUUCUUAAUCAUUUACAAACGCUAUAGCAAACACGAGGACAAGUGUUUCAAUAGUUUUUCACACACCUCAAAUACUUCCUCAAUGCGAAGUAAUCUCCCAAACAUUUUCAAACCUGCACGCAAUUUUGAACAGGACUAAGCAAAAACAAUUAUGUUUCCUGUGACGCCCAAUAGAUCAUGAGCAUGAACGAAUGAAAAACCACCCCGCGUGUAGAAUUUAGUACGUUGUAUAACUACUGGUUGAUAUUUGAAAUUUUUUGUAUCAAUUAAUUUCAGAGGAGCUAAAAUGUCAUUCGGGUCCAUGUCAAAAUGGCGGCACGUGUUUUGAAAACAGUGGUGGGUACACAUGUACUUGCCCGCCAGGGUUCAAGGGACUCAACUGCGCAGGUCAGUUAAAUAAAUCAAAAAAAUAUAGUGAAUAAUAAUGAUAGUAGGCUGACUAUGAUGUGAAAUAUUAUGCAGUUCGUAGAGGAGUGCUUUCCGCUGACCUAUUAGAGGCAAAUUUAUAAUUAUACGACCUGUUUUCAACGACUUAUCACUUAUGACUAUAGCUUGGUACUAAAACUGCAGAACUUUUAGUAAUGUUACAAGCUUCCAUCAGUAAGCGAUUAGACCGAUCACAUGACUUGCAAGGUUCUCGAUAAAUAGCACAGUAUUCAGGUUACCCAGGUGAUUCAGGUAAGACACAUAAAGUCAUUUCAUAAUUGCUCUAACGAACUUAUCCCAGGGGCGGAUACAGAAAAUUCAAAAGGGGGCCAUUAAAUUCUGGUGAGAGCGUGGUCCACUCAGCCAACCCCUAGAUCCACCCAUGUAUCCACUGACUCCUAUUCUGAUGUCCCUUUAGAAAAGGACAGCUGUCACCCUAAUCCGUGUCAUCAUGGUGGAGUGUGUGAAAUAGAUGGUGACGACUACACAUGUUCAUGCACUUCCGGCUGGACAGGUCUCACGUGUGAAGGUACAAAAUAAAGUUCAUCAAUUAAGGUUGCGUUCCUUUUGGAUGAUCCGGAUCAGAAUCAGUGAUCCGAGAUCAUUCGGAUCAUGGUAGAUCAAAUGAACCGGUGAAUCCUCGUCCAGAGUGGAUUCAUCGGUUAAUUUGAUCUACCAUGAUCCGAGUGAUCUCGGAUCACUGAUCCUGAUUUGGAUCAUCCCAAACGAACGCAACCUUAAGUUGCCUUUCUGCCGAAUCACUUUUUUAGCGUCAACUUAAUUACGGGCAGCAAUCACAUAAAGAGAAUGUUGGUAGAUUAUCUUACGUAACCGGGUAUCAGCAAAGGGGUCCGCGUGAUAAACUAUACUUAUCAUUUUAAUUUUGAAGCGAUAAAUUGAAACGAUGGAGACUGGGAAAUCAGAUAAAAAUGUCGCUCUCUCUCCGUUGGGGUGUUGGGAUCACUCACUCACUCACUUGUUCGCCCGAAGGCGGGCAACCACUAGAUCUUUCCACAGCCUCUUAUCAGCCAUCAGUGUAGCAAUCUCACUUGCUUCAAAUGCACCAGUAUCCCUCUUAAGAGUGUCAAUAUAAGUAGUAUUCGGUCUUCCUCUCCCGCGAUGGCCAUGUGUUGGGAUCGCAGAACAUAAAACGUUCAGACUAAGUUGUUAGAUUCUUUUCUCGCGAAAUUCGCUCGUUUUUACUCGUGCACUGGGAUUACUCUUGAUUUUGAGAUUGCGCUUUGAGACUGGAUCCUUGUUUUGAUGAACUGAUGCACGGCACUAUAAGGCUGUGUUGGUACACUGUUACAGUUUAAAUAUUUUUCUUUGUGUGUUUAUGGGUGCAUUUGUUUAUUUAUUACAAUUUAAAUAUCUAGUUUCUAUUUAAGUAUUUUGUUUUAUGUUUGUUUGUUCGUUUGUUUUUUUUUUUCCGCUUGGCCCAGCCUCUCAGCCCGAUUAGCUUCUGCUAUUUCUGAGUGGCUAUGCUCUUUUUUUUCGCAAUUAGUUAAUUUCCUUUAAAUUACGUAACUUCUUCUUUUGUAUCAAGAGCACAAUAAAGAUUGUUGUUGUUGUUGUUGUUGUUGUUGUUGUUGCUAUAACAAGGUCGUGUAGGAGACUAGGUAAAAAGUCGUUUCCGAAAAUAGGUCCAUAGUGCAGUUCAAAACAACACUCGGACGCAGUCCCAAGUGUAACUUUAACAUGACCAAUGAAAGUGGAUUUUCUAGAUACAGGCUCCUUGCUUGGGACGGGUCUCAUUUCCAAGGUUCUGCAACCAGUCUAAUUCUCAAGACAAUUCGUUUCUUCUCAUCCAUCGUUGCUGGAAAUCCUUCUCUGCUCUGAUUGACCACAGUAUUUUUGGAACCAAACACGCUGUGCAUGAUCAUGAGCCAGGCAUUCCUGGGGGAGGCGGUCCUCCCAGAUAAAUGUGAAGUGAAUACUCGUUGUUUCCCUUAGGUUAGAAAGUGUAGAUUUUGGUCUCACCUAAGAAUCACCAGAUGGAAAUCCCAUAUUUCCACCGGCAUAAACUGAACGCAUCUCUUGGUAUAGGUUUGUGCGGCGAGAAAUUUCUAUAUAAAAAACAAACGCCGUCAUGCUGUGAAAGAGUACGGUCUUUUAUAGGGGACAAAUAAGUCUGAACCACACCCACAUGCCAUAUUGGACUCCUUUUAAGGUUUAAUUCUAAUUUUCGAUGAACAUCGUUGUCUCUUUUUAAGGGAGUGCCCCAGGGAAGGCAUCAUAUGGGAGAUUAUCUGAAUGUCUUAUAUACGCAUUAAAUAUUUCAUGACUUUAUUUCGUUUUAGAUGAGGAUCAUUGUCAUCCGAGCCCAUGCGUAAAUGGAGGAGUUUGUAUCGCCAAAGGUUCCUCUUAUGAAUGUCACUGCCCAAUACAUUGGGCUGGAAUAAACUGUGAAAGUAAGAGUUGACAUGUUAUAGAGCAAGAAGCACGGAUUGCUAGCAUAGUAACUCUCGUUCUUCACGCCACACUGAAGAUCUGUUUUUGUAACCAGUCUUUAUUAGAGAAUGGGUAAAUAGAAAUUCCAAGCGAACAAAUCGAAACAGGUCUGAAGAGCGCACCCAAAUCGCAUCCGUAUAAAUCUAAUGUUUAAAAUUUAUUGACAUCACUAUUUAACCCUUCUAGCUUUCUUAAGACAACAAUCAAAAGAUAAGUAAGGAGAGACUGCUUUUGGAUCUUCGUUUAAUUAUUUUAUUUUUGCAGCACCCACUACACUGGCUUAUGCUGUAGCCAACACAUGUGCAGCAACAACUUACGGCUGCUGUCCUGAUGGCAAAACACCCGCAGCAGGCCCUCAUCAGUCAGGCUGUCCC